AUGGCGACCCCUGUUCCUCCUCCUCCUGCCGCCGACACCAAGGUUGAUUACUUCAACCUUCCAUGUCCAAUUCCCUUCGAAGAGCUCCAUCGCGAAGCUAUGAUGUCGUUAAAGCCAGAUCUUUUUGAGGGCAUGCGUUUUGAUUUCACCAAGAUGCUCAAUCAGAAGUUCACUCUCAAUCACAGCGUUUUGAUGGGACCUACUGAGAUUCCUUCUCAGUCCACGGAGACCAUUAAAAUUCCAACUGCUCACUAUGAGUUUGGCUCAACCUUCAUUGAUCAUCCUAGGUUGUUGCUCUGGGGGAGGAUUUUGACUGAUGGGAGGCUCAAUGCUAGAGUCAAGUGUGAUUUGUCUGACAAUCUCACUUUUAAAGCCAAUGCUCAGCUUACGAAUGAGCCGCAUAUGUCUCAUGGGAUGUUCAACUUUGAUUACAAGGGAAAAGACUAUAGGACACAGUUUCAACUCGGGAAUGGAGCCUUACUAGGAGCAAGUUAUAUUCAGAGUGUGACACAGCACUUAUCAUUGGGUGGGGAGGUAUUUUGGGCUGGUCAGCAUCGGAAGUCAGGUGUUGGUUAUGCUGCUCGAUACAACACUGAUAAAAUGGUUGCUACAGGGCAAGUUGCUAGCACUGGAAUGGUUCUUCUAAGCUAUGUUCAGAAGGUAUCUGAGAAGGUAUCUCUAGCAUCUGAGUUUAUGUGCAACUACUUGUCAAGAGAUGUCACAGCUAGCUUUGGAUAUGACUACAUCCUUAGACAGUGCCGCCUCAGGGGAAAGAUUGAUUCAAAUGGCUGUGUUGCUGCUUUUUUGGAGGAGCGAUUAAAUAUGGGUCUGAAUUUUAUUCUUUCUGCAGAGCUUGACCACAGGAAAAAAGACUACAAAUUUGGAUUUGGUUUGACUGUUGGAGAAUGA